AUUUUUUUAAUAAUAAUCUCUAUGGGUGCUUGUGCAUAAUAACCCUAAUUUUAAUAAACUGAAGAAAUAUUUGUUCAACAUAUAAAUAUACAAUAAGAUUAAAAUGGAGAUAUGUCUUUAGUCUAAAAGUAGUAGACAUCAUAAACAAUGGAUGAAAAUUAAGCUGCAAUAAAAAUAUAAAAUAGUUUUAGAAUUAAACAAGCAAAGAUGAAAUCAGUUAAUGAAAGAAAUGAAUAAUAAGUAGAUUAUCCAGAAGAUUGGGUUGAAUCAAAUUAAGAAUUUACAAUUCCUGAGUUACCAAAAUAAUUGCAGGAACAAGUUUAGGAAACUUUAAAUCAUUAAGAUAGUUUCUUAAAACCUAUGAUAGGAUCAGAUGGAAGUGUUUAUUGGGGUUAAUGGAAUAGAAAACAAAUUAAUGGUUUUGGAUUAAUGAAAAAAACAGAUGGAACUUUUAUGUAAGGUAUUUGGACUUAAGGUUAAUUUUUAAAUGGUGGAAUUCUAUUUUCCAAUGGAGAUUAUUUUGUAUGUAUUUUAUACUAAUUUCUAUUUUUAGUUUGGUACAUCAACAAAUGGAGAAAAAAUAUAUUAAAAUGGAAUUAAAUAUAUUGGAGAGGUUGAUUUUGGAAUUCCAAAUGGAAAAGGAACACAAAUAUAUCCAGAUAAUACUACAUAUGUUGGCAAUUUUUAUAAAGGUGAAAAACAUGGAUAAGGAUCAUUACAUUUUCCAAAUGGAUCUACUUAUGAAGGAGAACAUGACAAUGGAUUAAUCACAGGAUAAGGUAUAUAUAAAUAUUCUGAUGGCUCUUAUUAUUCAGGAUAAAUACUAAAUGGUAUUAAACAUGGUAAAGGAAUUCUCAUUGAAAUCGAUGGAACUAUAUAUGAAGGUAUAUAAAAUCAAUAUACAAAUUUUAGGUGAGUUUAAAAAUGGAAAAAAGGAAGGAAGAGGUAUUUUAAGAUUCCCUGAUAAAUCUCAAUUUGAAGGGUUAUUUCAUUAAAAUUAAAGACAUGGAAAAGGAAAAAUAAUUAAUAGAAAUGGAUAUGUCUUAGAUUCAGAAUUUAAAUUUGGAGAAUAAAUAUAUCCAAAAUAAUGA